AGAAAUUAGAAUUCUGGCUCUCGGAUCAGAAAAGGGUUAAUGGAUAGUCACUGUUCUUGUUGAAUUGUUCGCAACAUGUUUGCAAUAAUGUUUCAGUGAAUAUUACAGUCUCGUACAGAUUUUAUGGAAUUUCCAUAUUAAAGAUUUUGAGGUCACAGGUUACAGGUUGUGUUAAUGGUGACAGACAGUUUAUGUGGUCCAACUUAAGAUCUUCAAACAUGUGUGGCUUAUAAUACUUUUGUGGCUUGAUUUCUUCAAUCAAUUCUCUACAGUUUGGUGACUGAUACAUGCUUUCCCUCUGUGGGUAUGUGAUUGGUACCACUUUUUUACCAUCUAUUCUAAAUAAUCAUGGAAAUGGGGCGUGUCCUGACUUCAUCCUUUUGUAUAAGGCUGAAGAUUUAUAGACCCUUAAUACAAUCAUGUGCAAAAGUUAAACAUCUGAGUGAAUCUUUUACUUUGAAAUUGUGUUUGGAAACUAAAAAAGAAUAACAGAUCAGAUCUCAGAUUGUUUUGAUUGACAAUCCAAUUCUUGAUCCUUGGUGGUAAAGAUGGGUGUUAAUAUGAUAUUCUCUUGUGAAUUAUCAAUGGUGACAAAGAAGAAGGAAUCUAGUUGCUCUUGCUAGGCAUAACAAGCAUGGCCAGGGAAAGGAAAGGAAGAGAGUGAAAAAGGGUGUUUUUGCAAUGAAAAAGUAAGGGCAAGUGGGGACAUUUUAGGGCCUCCCACUUCACAGAAAACCAGGAAAAAAACUAAAUUUUUUCACUUUAUCUAUCUGUAAGGACGAGCUCUUGCAUGAUUCUUGAAAGUCAUUUACAUGUGUAUUUUAAGAAACUGCUCACCAAACUUUAUUCCUCUGCCAUUCUUCAUGACCAUCUUGGAAAAGUUGAUGUAACUCUCCUGCAUAACUUACUGCGACACAUGUACUUGCCAGUCUUCUGCAGCUUUGGUGUGAUUAGCUUGCUGUUUCAACAUACCCUUCUUGGAUCUCUUCACCAGAAACUCAAUUUUUCAGUUCUCAGCCUUUAACCGGGUCUUGGUUAUUGGCUGUUUACCGAUCCUUUCAACUGGUUCUGACUCUGCGUGGUUGAUUCUGUUCUGGGUUUUGCCCAAAAGUCGAUUAAACCAUUUUUUUCAUGGUUUGUUCCAUCCCAGGAGGCAUCCCUGGAGAGAAGACAGAGAGGUUGUGCUCGAUGUACUUUGGUGCCUCUUGUGUCGUUGCUCUGAGGCUUUUAACAGAAACCUACAUGGCAGAUGAGAAAUGGUUUGAGUUGAGGGAUAAAGUGAUAUUAUUAGGUUUUCUAGUCUGGAGAAUCUCUGAUGAGGAAAAGGAUAGGCUUUCUCAGAAGCUCGAGGAUGCUAAGAGCGAAAUAAGCAUACUGAAGAAACUGAGACAUGAAGACGCGAAAGCUAACGAGAAGGUUGUUAGCAUAUUUGCAUCUCAAGAACAGAAUUGGCUGAAUGAGAGGAAGAAGUUGAGGUUGCAGAUCGAAGCUCUAAUGCAGGAAUUGAGGGCCAUGGAGAAGAAAAAGGCAGAAAGCGUGUCAGAGUUACAAGAGAGAUUGAAAGAGACAGAGGCUUUGCUACAAUCUAAGGAUAAGGCCAUGGCAGAAGAUGAGCACAAACAUAAAGAGUUAGAGGAAAAGCUUGCCAAAACAGAGAAAGAAGCUCAAGAACUGAGAGAAAAGCUAGAGAAGGAGACGCAAGAACAUUCAGCCGAGCUGUGGAAGCAAAAAACGACAUUCCUUGAGCUUGUUUCUAGCCAGAGACAGCUUGAAGCUGAAUUAGGUCGUGCAGUUAAGCAAAAUGAAGCUAAAAAACAUGAACUUGAUUUAGCCAUGGAGCAGCAGGAGGAAUCCACAUCCAUGGCUGAGAAACUGUCCUCUGAACUUCUGAAGAUGAGGAAAGAUUUGGAGCAGAAAGAUCGAAUCCUCUCAACGAUGCUGGGAAAGUCAAAUCUGGACAUAGCCGAGAAGCAGAUGUUGCUGAAGGAGAUUAAGGUGUCGAAGGCUAAAAAGAAGCAAGCUGAACAAGAAAAAGAGAAAUGGAGAACAAUGUCAGAAUCAAGAAAACAUGAGAGGCAGUCACUGAGAAGUAUGUUUGCUGUUGAAGCCAAAUCACGAGGAGCCUCAAACCCGAGAAGACAGAUAGACAACGGAACACUUGAGUUGAAUGAAGAUACUGAUGCUGUUUCAGAAAUCGUCGAUUCAUUCGCCAAUGGUGAUUUCAGGAAACUACGGAUUGAUGGAAACUCAAAGAAAUAUGAAAAGAAGGAUUGUGGAGAUGACGGGCAUUAUAUUGCAGUGAUGGAGAAGAGGCAUCACAAUGAGCUCAACGCUUUUGCACAGCAAAUGAGAUUAAAGGAUGAAAAGCUGGAAGCUUUGUGUUGGCGUCUGAUGAAUGCUGAGUUAGAAUCAAAGCAUUUGAGGUUAUGUAUUGAAGGUUUGAACAGAGAAAUGUCUCGGCUUAGACAAGAUAACACGAAACUGGAGGGAAAGGUAACUCAGCAAGGCGAGGAAUCGGUGGUCUUGAAGAAACAAUUCACAUCUCAGUUGAAACGCUUAACUUUUCACAAGACCCAUGCGAGUUCUAGAAGCAAGAACGUGAAAAGAGAAGCACAGGGGGAACAGAACACAGAAACCCAGUCGGAAGAAGUUUCUCAGGAAACCAUAGUCAAGAAAGAAACAGAAGCAAAUUCUUCGGAGGAAUUAAAACCUCGAAGUCUGAUAGUUCAAUCUGAUACUAUAAAGAUCGAGCAUACCGAUCGGGGAAAUGGAAGUGUUGAGGAGAUUGAAAGCCUUGAGAAGUCAUCAAGCAUGAGCCAGCCAUCAAUUAUGACCAAGAAUCCACCUUGGAGAACUGAUCUUUAUGCCCUUGGGAUUUCCUGCAAGAUCAAAAGGCUCAAACAGCAACUAAUGAUGCUUGAAAGAUAUACUGGGAAACGAGAGAUUAAAGAUAUAGAUGAAACAAGUGAUUCUGGGAAAAGGGCUCUGUUAUUACUCCUGCCUUUGCUUAGCAAACAAGUUACUCGGUAUCAAUCACUCCAAGAGAAGACCGAUGAUCUCUGCAAGAGAAUGCAUGCGAAUGGUCUGGAAAAGAAUCGAGAAAACAUCAUAGCAAAUGGAGAAGGGAAGACAGCAUUGGAGCAAUUCUUAGAGGAGACAUUUCAGCUGCAAAGAUACAUAGUUGCUACAGGACAGAAACUGAUGGAAAUCCAAUCCAAGAUUGCUUCUGGCUUUUCCACGUUUCUAGAAGACAUCACCCACAAGUCAUCUUCUUCUUCUGCUUCUUCAUCAUCAUCAUUGACACUAUCUUCUUCUUCUUCUUCUUCUUCUUCUUCUUCUUCUUCUAGUGGGAGCUUUGACAUGAAACGUUUUGCAGAAAGCAUCAAAAUCCUGUUUCAUGAAGUGCAGAGAGGAAUAGAAGUUAGGAUAUCCCGAAUCAUCGGUGAGCUUGAAGGAACACUGGCCUGUGAAGGGAUGAUACGUUCCAAGCGACGGUAACUAAAAGCCACCGCAGAAAUGCACAGGAGCCUCUGUAUAUGAAGCCACAAAGUGUGUAAAUUCUUGACAUCUUUUCUCAAUUGAUUCUGGUAACUGAGUUCUGUAUAGAAUCGUUCAAAAAGAGAUUUGUAAUUUAAUUUGCUGUUCUUGAGGCUCACUGACGAGUUUUAUCUCAGACCAGCUAGUGUUGUCCAAUCGGUUUAUUAUCGGACUUUUGGUCAAAAGUUAAACCACGGGAUUGCUCCAUUA